AUGUUUCAAGACACUUACUCUGGACUUAUCAACCCUGACGUGCUUAAUAUUUUCCUCGCCAUCAGCCUCGUGUUAGAGAGUCUCCUCAGCAUCGUUGGUGUAGCCGGCAACAUCAUCAGCAUCGUCGUCUUCAGCCAGCAGGGCUACAGGGAGACAACCAACAUUUCCCUCACGGCUUUAGCGCUGAGCGACAUAGGUGCCAUCCUCACACUACAGACAUAUAGUAUCAUGAGCAACCCGUUUAUGUUGAACGCUGACGUGAACUUUGACCCCGUGGAUUUUACGUUAAACUAUAUUGGGUGGAUUAAAUCCCCGAAUACCAACACAACUUUUCUUGGAAUCAUCUUUCGGCAGAAUCGAGAUGCUAUUUUUGCGAUAUCGUAUUUUAUAACAGAUCUAGCGGUUCCGUAUUUUACAUUUGCUAUAAUUAUAGUGUGCACAUCUUUUACAGUGACGUCGCUUAUCACGUCAUCGUCUUGGAGAAAAUCUCUAGCAGGCGCGGCGUCAGACGUUAAGAGUAGAAGAUACAGAAAGGAGAGGAAAUUAAUCCCCAUGUUAUCGGUAAUUUCCGUGGUAUUUAUAGUGUGUCAGAUUCCACAGUCUGUCCUAUUGACUGUGACUACUGUUAUUCGCAAGUUGACCAUACGUGGGAAGUACUUUGAUAUAUCUUCAUGCUGUUACAUUGUGAUUGUCUUCAUGGAGAACAUCAACUCAGCCGUCAACCCGUUGGUGUAUUACAAGAUGAGUAAAAAAUACAGGGACACCUGUCGGAAGCUCUUUAGAAAAUAUUUGUUUCAUUGA